UAACUGGUACAUGACGAGCUUCAUCUCAGCUUCAGCUGAAGAGCAAACCGACAUCAGCUGAGUUUGCACGAAGUAUCAUCCUUGAGGCUAAAAUACAGGGAUUUACCUCCACUUGAAAUCCAUUGCUAGUAUUUUGCAAAGUUGCGUACAACUGUUAAGCCAAUGAAAUAACUGUCAUCUUUCGUAACCACAGAAACAAGCUAGCGCAAAGGAGAAAUAACACUACAUCAAACCCGGCAAACAAAGAGGUCCUUUUUCAACGGCAACAUUUUUCCUCCGUAUUCUAUAGUUAUGAGUCAUGUGGCCGUCGAAAAUGCCCACGGUCUAGAGCAGCAGCUCGCUGUCCUAGACUUGACCGGUGCCGACGGACAAGGUGGAGGGACCAAUAGACGAUAUAUUCCUCCACAUUUACGGAACAAAGACGUUUCCAAAAAUGGAGGAAAUGCCUUUGCCGCUGGACGACCCGGUGGCUACACCAUUGCGCCUGCAGCCAACUACGGUUGGGACGCGGGGCGCAACAACUUCGUCAACGGCUACCACGACGCCCGCAUAGCCGGCAACUCGUUUACCCGCGGCCCGCCCCGCAUGGAGCGGGGCCGGGGCGGCGUCGGCGGAGGCGGCUACCGCGGCAACAGGGGCGGAGCCUUCAACCCCAUCAACCCGGCGCAGCCGAUGGGUUUCGUCGGGUACGACAACAAAGACGCCGGCGGCUGGAACACCGCAAAGGAAGCCUAUGGCAGUUUUGGCAAUAACCGGGGGAAGUCGGCGUUCUUCAACGACAGAGGCAACGCUAAUAGAGGGAGGUUCGAGCACGGUGGAUUCGGUGGAGGUGGAGGAGGAGGAAACAGCCGCUGGGUGGAGGAGUCCAGAGACGACGGAGACUGGUCCAAACCAACCCCACGAAACGAACGGCUUGAACAUGAGUUGUUCUCCGGCAGCAACACUGGGAUUAACUUUGAGAAAUACGAUGACAUUCCCGUUGAGGCUACAGGACAGAACUGCCCUCACCACAUCGAGAGUUUCCAAGAUGUGGACAUGGGUGAGAUUAUCAUGGGCAACAUCGCUCUGAGCCGCUACACCAGACCCACUCCAGUCCAGAAAUACGCCAUUCCUAUUGUCAAGUCCAAGAGAGACCUCAUGGCCUGCGCACAGACAGGUUCUGGAAAGACGGCAGCGUUCCUGCUUCCAAUUCUCAGCCAGAUCUUCACUGAGGGACCAGGAGAGGCUCUUAAUGCAGCUAAAGCCUCUGGACAGGAGAACGGAAAGUACGGGCGGCGUAAGCAGUACCCCAUCUCUCUGGUGCUCGCUCCGACCAGAGAGCUGGCUCUGCAGAUAUAUGAUGAGGCCAGGAAGUUUUCCUAUCGCUCCAGAGUGCGCCCCUGCGUUGUGUACGGAGGCGCAGACAUCGGCCAGCAAAUUAGAGACCUGGAAAGAGGCUGCCACCUGCUGGUGGCUACACCAGGAAGACUGGUGGACAUGAUGGAGAGGGGCAAGAUCGGACUGGACUACUGCAACUACCUGGUCCUAGAUGAGGCAGAUCGUAUGCUGGACAUGGGCUUCGAACCACAGAUAAGACGCAUCGUCGAACAGGACACCAUGCCACAUAAAGGCAUCCGGCAAACCAUGAUGUUCAGCGCUACGUUUCCUAAAGAGAUCCAGAUCCUCGCCAGGGAUUUCCUGGAGGAGUACAUCUUCCUGGCGGUGGGCAGAGUGGGCUCCACCUCAGAGAACAUCACUCAGAAAGUGGUGUGGGUAGAAGAGAGCGAUAAGAGGUCUUUCCUCCUGGACCUGCUCAGUGCUACAGUCAUCCCCAGCGAGGUACAGGACAAUACUGGAGACAACAUAGAGAAACCUGGUAAGGACUCGUUGACUCUGGUUUUCGUGGAGACCAAGAAAGGCGCCGACGCCUUGGAGGACUUCCUGUAUCGGGAGGGUUACGCCUGCACCAGUAUCCACGGAGACCGUUCCCAGAGAGACCGAGAGGAGGCCCUGAACCAGUUCAGAUCAGGAAAAUGCCCUAUUCUAGUGGCUACGGCGGUAGCCGCCCGGGGUCUGGACAUCUCCAACGUGAAACACGUCAUCAACUUCGACCUGCCAAGUGACAUCGAGGAGUACGUUCACCGCAUUGGACGUACAGGACGAGUAGGAAACCUGGGCCUGGCCACGUCGUUCUUCAAUGAUAAAAACGGAAACAUCACUAAAGACCUGCUGGAUAUCCUAGUGGAGGCCAAACAGGAAGUUCCCUCGUGGCUUGAGAGCUUGGCGUACGAACACCAGCACAAGAGCAGCAACAGGGGGCGCUCUAAGAGGUUCUCAGGCGGGUUUGGAGCACGUGAUUACCGCCAGACGGCCGCAGGGGCCAACCCCGGAGGGUUCGGAGGACGCGGAGCUCGCAACCAGGCGGGACACGGAGGAACCCGUGGCUUCGGAGGAGGAGGCUUUGGCAACUUCUACACCAGCGACGGAUACGGAGGCAACUACUCACACUCUCAAGUUGACUGGUGGGGCAACUAGGUUCCUCCAUCUCCCCAUCUGCUCAUCCCUUUUUCCUCUUCUCUCUCAUCCUCCAUCCUUUCUCCCACCCGUCUAGCCGCCUCCAUUAACACCCCGAACCCCAGUGCAUGUUAUUAAACUAUUUAUACUCAUUUAUAUAGCCCUCCUUCCAUCCCCAUUCACAUCUUUUACUUACUCCUCAGAUAUUUCCUGUCCAUCUCCACCUUUGUCUUUCCAAUUUUUUUUUCUUUCUUUCUCUUUCGGAUCUCACCUCUUGAAAUAGGUAGCAUUUUAGAGGAAUUAUUCCAUUUUGGUUGGUUGCUUUUCAACGCCGGGCACAGAUUUACUCGUUAGCUUCACGCUAGCAACAAACCUGUGUCCAUGUGUCUGAGGAAGAGUAACCAGUUAAAGUCAUAGGUGUUCUUUAUCCCCAUAAAGUAGGACGUGCAAGGUUUACAACGCGUGGACCGUAGAAGGGGGAAGUCCUUUUUUUUUAUUUUUUAUUUUUUUUCCCCCACACUUAAGAUUUGAGUUUUGGCUUCAUUGUGUUUUGUCUGCAUUCACCCAACGCCGGUCAGGCUCCCCGCAUCACCUCACAUCAUCUUUGUAUUUAACGCACGGCCAUGUUGUAAAUCACCGGCCAAAUCCUUUUCUAAAGUAUAGAGAUAGGCAAGACGUCGAAGUGCGCCUGCAUAUAAAUUCAAAAAUAGGAACUGGCUGAGGUCUCCUUCUCUUAUAUGAUGGAUAUUAAAAAAAAAAAAAAAAAAAAAAAAAGUGGCCACAGAAACGGCAAAUUUUUUUUUUGUUUUGUUUCGUUUUUUAUUUUUCCACCUUUUUAAAACAUCGAAAUAUUGAUUUGCCAAGUCUAAGUGACAGAAGGAAGCGGUAAGGGGCUGGACAAACGGGAACGUUGUUGCCCAUUAGCAAUAACGCUAGCAAACAGCCUGAGGACUUGUGGUUGUUAACAGCAUUUCUUUGUUUUAAGCAUUAAUGGAGAAUCAUCUGUUUCUGUACUGUGCCUUUAACAAUUUGAACACUGUCUCUUAUUUUUUGUUGUUUUUAUUGCCAUAACACGUAACUGGCUGCCAGUAUAAGCCAAUAGUGACUAAAAAAAAAAAAAGAAAAAAAAUGUGUAUUUAAUGUCAUGUAUGGGUUUAAACAUGUUUUUUUUUUAUUUCCAUUUGGAAGGAAACAAACUAGGCUUGAACUAAAUCAAACCUUGGCAAAAAAAAAACAAAAACUGAGAUAAGGAAACUCAAAAUAAUUCCUUAUCUACUUAUAGGAGUUAAAAUUAAUCAGAAGGACUCUGAUGAGCUGGUUCCCCCAAAGCAUAUCACCACUGUCACCAUAUGUAAAGAUAUGCGACUAAAUAUGGGCCAAAAUGAUGUUACAUUGAUUACAUUUAAGAAAAGAAGAAGAAGAAGAAGAAGCCAACGAGCAGAUAUAACAGCAGUGGUUUUAUGCUUUUGGGAAACGGAGUCCUACUCAUUGACCUGUGUGUCACAUCUACAGCUCUGGUUUGAGCUCGCAGUCGGGUUUCCCGAAGCCAUCUUGUCACUAACGGUCGGGUCAAUUUCCGUCUGUAGCAGAGCCACUGGUUUAGCUUCGCAGCAGCAGCAGCCCUGUCCCGGCGGUAGUUUCUUACCAUUCGGACAUAAAUGGAAACGUAGAUCCCUUAAUCAAAACCUACUGUGCCACUCUCACACUCUCGUAGAGUAUCCGUUUCAAUUGUUCCAUUACUUCGCCGUGUACACGAGCUGUUGAAAAGCCUGGUGUUUUCCACUUGCGAAUCAUUUUUUGGGUUAGAAAUCGGAAACUGCGCAGCUGCUGCUGAAAGAUUGCCCGUUACUGACCAGCGUCCAUAGCUGUUCAACCCACCGUUAGUGCCACCGCGCUCCCGGGAAAACCAGUCCUGCCUCCACAAACAAACACCGACUCCCUUGUUCGCCAAAAGCUUCUUUCAAGGGGAUACACAACUUUCAAAAGAGUUCCAAAUUUUCUUGCUCACUCUAUCCUGGAGAGUUACAUGAAGAGUCUUCUCUAAAAUAAGUCAUUCCAGUUUAUUGUCUUUCAGAUCUGUUGAGGCGAGGGGGGUAAAUUAAAGAAUUGGAUAAUCGGGCAUUUUUUAAUUUAAUUUUUAUUUUAAUUUUUACCGCAGGGAGCAGGCGGCCAGGGCUUCCCGAGGAUGUAACGCCACGCAUCCAGAGCACAUUUUAGCCUCUUACUUUACUACGAUCAAGCACAAUAGUUCACCACGUUAAAUCCCAUGUUAAAUUAUUGCUUCCAAACCAAAGACCUGCUUCAACAUUGCUUGCUUUCCACCCAGCAGCUCCUCCCUGCUUUGCCGUGCCUUGUCUUUUUAAUGAACUCACUUCCUGAUUUGCAGUGUCGCCAAAAUAUUGGUACAAGUCGACAUUUUCACCCAACGAGCAGGACAACACACGUAGCUAGUUUGUUUCCGUCAAAGCUGCGCCACUCUCCUGUCGUCUUUCCGGAGUAGACCGGCAGUCUUGGCAGCUACCGUAUUUAUUGGCACAACAACAUGACCGGUCAUGCGUUGAACGUACCCUUGCUGGCAAAAUCUUGCAAGCACAUUGAGAAACACAGGCUAAAUUGUGCUGGUGGAAAAGUGGCAUAACAGGGCUGAGUCUAAUUCCUGGGUAGCCCUAGCUUGGCUCUGCUGUAGAACCAGGCUUCUAGGUGCAAUUGACCUGUACCUAGGGUUAGGGUUAGGGUUAGGGUUAGUCCACGUUUCAUCCCUGAUUGAACCCGUAAAGGGAACUCCACUGUACGUUUGGAUGGUUCAGUGGUAGAAAAGCCCACUGUGUCAAUUAGCAGCAAAUAAAGGCAAAAAAAAAAUACUCAGUUGCUACCCGGUGGGGGAAAAUGAUUAAUUUCUAUCAGGCUGUUAAUUUGUUUCGUUUACAUGUAGAACCUAGAUUAAAUGUAAAUAGUUCAACACUUCUUUAAAGAAAAGAAUGUGAGUUAUAAGUUAAACAACACUUGACGCAUAGGAAAUUACAUUCGAUCACUCAACAUUGGACCAGACGGCGUCUGGUGAGCUUAGCUCAGUGGGCAAUUUGAACGCGGCUGACGAACAUAAAAUACAUAAAUAAACCAAUGAGUUAAAUGAAUCCAUGGAGGAAUCCUUUCACGGGGCAGGUUCCCUCAAGUUGCCCACUGUCUUUGACAAAUGACUAGGCUGAACCAAGACAAUAAAACAUAUGCAAGUGUUGUUGUUUUUUGGUCAAGGAGUUAAAAAUGCGAAGAAAAAUAAUUACAGAUCAGUAGCAGGCUUUAGUUAGAACUAUCUGAUUUUUUUCCUUUUUUUUUUUUUUUUUUUUUCAAUUCUUCUGUGAUUUUCCGACUAGUUUUUAACCAGAAGUCCGAUUCAGGCCAGUCUUCAGAUCACUCGAGUGCUUUUUUGAAGGAGUUUAGUGAAACCAGUUGAUUUUACUACGUAAUAUUUAGGAAGCGGAGCGCAGGUCACGUACAACAUGUAAAAAAAAACAAAACAAAAGAAAGUAGUGUCUUGGUGCAAAGACGCGUCUCUUACUGUCGGAAUUUAUGGUGUAAGAUAUCUCACUUGACCUGGUUUUCGGGACACCGUGUCCUCUCACGACAAACCCAAAAACUUUUUCUUACGUUAGCUUGAGCCGCUAUGAGCGCCGGUUAAAUCUCUGAUUAAACUGUUGACCAGAACUGACAGAGGUGUCCCAAUAGACAAUUUUAGCACCCGAUUCUUUUAUUUAUUUUUUUGUUUUUCUGAGUCCAUGAACGCGAACGCACACUUUUAAUUUUCUCCUGCAGCAAUGGUGGAUAGUCUCCAUGUCAAAUGUCUUACAAGGACUGUUGAUGGAUAGAAAUCAGUAACAGGACAAUGCGUUGCAAAUGACAAUCAAUUAUGGAGGAUUUGCUUAGGUUAGAAUUCACUUUACACACGAACAGAUCUCUUUCAUUUGCACUUAGUGUCGUGGAUACCGUUACACGUAGAUGUUUCGUUUACCAGCUGCGUUGUCGGCAGUUGCUCAACAACUUUGAGUUUUAUCGAAAGCAGCUUCUGCCUUCGAAUAUUGACUGAAUAACACAACCGUCAAUCAACACGUUGACUGACAUUCCCUGCGCGAGAGGCGACGUCGGCUUUUUGUUACUUGAAUCUAUGGCGACCACAACCUUCGCAUGCGGCUGCCGCAGCCUCUUGUGUUUUAAUACAAAUGCAAAGCUUUCUAAAAAAAAAAUGAAAAAAUUAAAAAAAAAAAAACUGUCGGAAGCAAUUCACGUGAAGGAAAGUGGUUGCGUGUGUAGAUGUUGCCGUGCCUUCUAACAGCCACUAGGGGGCAGAUAUGUUAAUAAAUGAAGGAGCGGCUAAACAUUUCACGUAGAUACAUGGAUGUUUUGAUAGGAGUUAUUUCUUUUAUUUUCGAGUUAUAGAGUCAGAUGUAGAAUAGUAGAAGACUUCAGCAUAUAGUGUAAAUAUGCAAUUUGUUUGCUUUUAUACGUCUGUUGUAAUUAGUUUUGAACUGUGUUAGAGUAACUACCACUGUGCCCCAAAUCACCACCUCACCAAAAUAACCCCCCCCCCCCUGCGCCCUCAACGUCUGCCUUAAGUGCAAUAGAGUUCAGUUACUCGUGGCUUGCUUCCACUCUGUAGCCGUCAACAUUCUCCGCGUAUGUUUCGUUAGGGGCGUUUUCUCGGUACGGGUGAAACCGGCCCAAAUUCCGACGCAUGCGCGGUGCCUUGAAACGACUGAAUCGCCGAAGAAUGAAAUGUUUAGGGCUGGGUAUUCUUCGACGCGGAUGCAAAGUCCUUAAAAGUAAACCGUUCCAGUGAACGCAUCGCGAAGCGGCGGAUACGUUUGAGGCGUGGACCACGGCCCGGCGCCAUUUUGGUGCCAUUUUGUGGCAUUAAUGGUACGUUCUUGAGCCACAGGGCAUUAAAGGUGGGAUUGUAGGCUACUUUGGUCCAGACUCCCUGCUAGGGCCGUCAUUCAGGGUAUAAUUACUUUAAAUUCACCCAAUACUUCCGUUUACAGCCGAAUACCUGCGACACUUAGGACUUCAGUUCAUUAGCAAACGCUAGCAUGCUUGGUAAACCAACAUAUCCGUGUCAAUGCGAGCAUGUUAGCCUAUAGCUGAGCUUUUACUUGUAGCUAUGCAGAGGCCGUAGCAGGUUAGUCUUCGCCGCUCUGUGUUGAUGAUAUGACAUGAAGGAAUACAUAACCUCAUUUGUUUGGACCGUUUACUUCCUCUGAAACCCAGCACUUUAGCUUUUUUUUGAUUAUCUCCCAAACUUUUUGAUGCCUUAAACACAAGGGUGAUACCCAGCCCUAACGGAGCAAAUAGUGAGGAUCCUUACACAUUGUUGCCGCGGCUACCGACACACCGACGGUGUCGCCGUGGCAAGUAAUUCUGCGUCACUACAGUAGCUAAGUUACCUGUGCUUUGACCGUCAGAGAACAAUUUAUGGUGCUAUGCUCCCAUUGCUGCGGCCUGCAGGCCCCUCCGAUGUAGAAACACUUCAAAUCCCACAGAAAAUACUUAACGUACUUACUUUAAGUUUCAACUAAAUCUUCUGUAGCACAUGUCCUUCAAACCUCUGAGAGGUAUGUAUGCGUGAGUGAGCGUGUUUGCGGUUAGGUGUCGAAUAGAGAGGUUUCUCCACAGUUUUUAGUGCGCGUGUGUCGUUUGGAAAGGUUCUUCCAGAUAUGAAAGCGUUUUUUGGGACCAGGUGGAGUUCUAGUUAACAGCAACCGUAGGAUUCAGGUGUUUGCACACGGGGAGUUCUCGAGUCUACUUUCGCUGCUAGUUUGUGUAAUUUAUCAAGCAUUUUUGAGAAAUAUUUAUUUUUAUAAGCCUAAUACAAAAGUUGAUAUUUUACAAAGUGACUUGACCAAAAGACAGUAAACAAAAAACACUGGCACUUGAAUGUUGAAUGUCAUUGGUAUGAGUGAAAAUUUCUAUUUUUCUGGGGUAGUGUGAGCUUUUUAAUGUUAAAGACGCAACGUGCGGGGGGUUUCUCUCGGAAUAUGUCACGGUAACGGGCUGCCAAUGGGGCCGACGUUCACUUAGUAAACCACUUUGCGUUAACCUCGACACUGUUCGCAGUAGUUCUUCAUUUACAACGUACUUUUAUUUGAACAUUUAAAGUUGCUUUUUACCAAGACCGAGAUCUUUAACAAGGCUGAGUCACCACAGCGUGUUAGUCAUGCUACUAGCAUACCUGUAGGGUGGCGGGGCCGACUCACCAGUUAGCCGACAUUGUGUGAAGUGCGUGAUAUUUGUGGCAGACACUCACUGUCACUUCAAGAGGAACUCUUUUGGGAUCCUGUGGCAGUCACUUGGUCAAACUUUAGUUUAUUUAAAACCUUGGUUCACGUGUUAGCCAGUUUUAGCACGCUAGCACUCUGAACCAAGAUGGCCACCAUGGUAACCUACUAAUAAUCUACCUGUUAGCCUUCAAAUAUAAAUUGUUAGUUUUUGGCUAAUCUUGUAAAUUAAAUGGCCUAAAGAAGUGAUAGUAUUUGAUUAUGUUGCUGUACUUAGGUUCACAUUUUAGCCAGUUUUAGCACGCUAGCACUCUAAACAAAGAUGGCCACCAUAGUAACGUACUUAUAAUCCACCCGUUAGCCUUCAGAUAUUGGCUAAUCUGGUAAAUUAAAUGACCUAAAGAAGUGAUAGUAUUUGAUCAUGUUGUUGUACAUGGCAGCAAUUUGGUCAAACUUCACUUUAUUUAGAACGUGUUAGCCAGUUUUAGCACGCUAGCACUCUGAACAAACCUGUUAGCCUUCAGAUUUUGGCUAAUCCAGUUAAUUAAAUGGCCUGAAGAAGUUAAAGUAUUUGAUUAUGUUACUGUACGUGGCAUUAGCACGUCUUCUCCGCAACGAGGCUAGUCCUUUUUCCGUUGGCUAAAACAAAAAGCAUCAUUUCCCCGCGAAGCGCGCAGCUGACGCGACUGUGACGCAUCAAGAGAAACCUCCCGCACGGCUUACCUGUAAAGUCACAUCGGACUCAGUAUCAGAUCCACAAACCUGUUCCGUUAGCGCGACAGGCUCAAUUGCCAACGACGACGAUCAGUACGCAAACAGCCAUCUUUAAUCGGCAAACAAAUUUGAGAACACACCACCACAUAUGCCAAGGUUUGGAUUAAAAUAAAAAAAAAAUUAACAAAACGAUCAAAGACCAUUUUGUAAAAAAUAAAAAACAUGCAGUACAAAAAACAAGUGUCCAGAUUCUCUCCAAGUCAGUUUAUUUUUUUUUCUUUCUUUUUUAAUUUUCUUGUUUGAAUCUUUACACUUCCCUUCUUGUUAAUACCCUUGUUGUUGUGAAUGUCUGGCAAGUGGCGAAUCUUUAACUCUCCACCAUCACACAGAAUUAACUGUGGUUCUAUUGCUAUGUUGUUGUGAUUUGCAUAUUUUCAGGCGUCUGUGUGUUAACGCUGUCGUAUCGGGACGGGGAGGGGGAGGGGGGCUUCUGGCCAAUCAGAAUCGACGAUCGUUCCAGGAGUCUUUUGCAUAGGUGACGAGUAUUCAUCUGUCAUGCAUGAGAAGAAGCCUGUACUUUUUUUGUUUUUGUUUGUUUUAACUGUGGGUCCAAUAAGCACAUACACACUGUAGUUAUACUUGGAUUCAAACAUUUGUCCUGUGACUGUAGCCUCAGUCGACCAGAAUGCAAAGCGGCGCCGAGAAAGGCCGCAAUCACUGACAGAUGGAUAUGACACAUGUGGUAGGUAAAAAAACCAUCACCCUUGACUUGAGCUUUUUGUGUGUUUGUAACUCAACAUGAAAGGCUUUUUCAAGCUAUCGUGAAAGGACACUGGAACAGAAGGCUUCUACAAAAAAGCCCCGGUCCUUACUGAAUGGCCAGACCCUCUCGGCGUGGACACGCAGCAGCACCGGCCUGGUAGUUAGUAUUUGCUUUAUGUAUUAGUUUAGCAGUUGUGCACGAAGAGCACUGCACGAAGAGAAAAAAACAAAACAAAAGAACUGUGCAACUAUUCUGAUUUUACCACAAUUAAAGGUUUGGAUUUGCAAAUGUAAA